AUGUCGCAGAGUACUGGUCCAGUCUACACAUUCUGUUCUCCUUGCAAUCUUGGAGAAGGCUGGGCUAAGGCGUUCUCACGUGAACUGGGAGGGUUAACAGACUUCCAUUAUUUCUCGAUUUUACUCGUUAAGAAAAUGGAUACGGAGUCCGUUAAGGCUUUUAACGCGGAGUGCAAAAUUGAGUACAAAAUACCAUGCUUGUACGUUAUCGACAGUAUUAUCCGUACGUCAAAGCAUCAACUAAAGGAAAAGGACGUUUUUGCUUCACGAUUUCUCAAAAAUUUCUCUAAGACUUUGUCGGAUCUGCUUUCAUGUCCGGUUUGUGAUCAGCCUCGUGUGAUUCGAACAUUGAAUUUAUGGGGCGCAAAUGGUGUCUUCACAGAAGAGCAGCUAGCACCGUUCAAACAACAAUGUCGUGAUAUGGGAAUAGAAACGGAUAUAGAACGCGUUGAGCGCUUAGUAAAAGGAGACGAAGCGGACAUGUCCCGAUAUGGUGGCGCCUAUGGGCGUGUGAAAGAGAAAGAUAAAAGGAAACGUCGCAGUUCAGCUUCAGAUUCUCCCACUUCCAGCUCACACAUCCAGCAGCAGAACCUGUCCGUUCCGGCUCCGUCAACCACUCCACCACUGCCGACUCCAUCGCAACUCGUAGGUGUGGUGCCUCAGUUAAGCCAUGAUCCUUUACUUGGUGCUGUUAGUGAUCUUAACAACGAGCCAUCAGAUGAUGUACCUCCAUGUGGGCUGAGUGAACGGAAACUGUUGGAUAUGAUUCUGGAUGCAAACUUUGAGUUUAGCGGCGCAUUCAAGAAUGAUAUCGUCCUUUUAAGAAAAGCUCACGGGCUUAUUUGUCGUGCGCUUGAUGCAAGAAUACGGGCAGUAGGAGACAAACCGGAGAUAAAGGAUUUGUUAUCGAGUCAAUUCGAUUACAGUGAUGAGGAGGAUGAUGGCGACGAUAGUAAAAAGGCUAAAAGGCCUAAUGUGACGAAAGUUUGCCAAGAGGACCUAUUAAGCAUAGCAAGAAAUUUAAUAGAGGAUCCAAAUGUGAUCGCUGCAUUCAAACAUAUGCACGCUGAGAGGAUACUUGUACUAAAUCAGGCUGGAUUACCUAGCAUCGCUGGCUUGCCCACUGUGCAGAGUUUGUCAGGUCUACAAAGUUUGGCAGGUCUUCAGUCAAUCAAUCUAGCACAGUUGUCAGCCCUGAAUCAGGCAAACGUAGCACAGCCAAAUCAAGCUUUGCUGAAUUUAUUAGCCAACAAUUCGUUAGAAUUACUUCAACAGCUAGCUGCAAGUGGCAAAACGACAUUAGCUGGCGUACCUACAACAGCCGGUCUUGGUCUACUAGGUGCUGCACCAGCGCAGUUAAUCGGUCCAUUAUCGACCGCUUCACUGGCUAUGGUGACCGACGACAAUGAGAGUGAUAAAGACAUCCGCAGGAAGGAUCGGAAGAGAAGUCGUUCGAGGGAUCGAGCAGAUCAUAAGAAACGAAGAAGCAGGUCGAAAGAACGUAAGGUUGAGAAAGUAGACCGUGAACGUAGGAAGUUAGGAUUGCCUGCUGUACAAGAAGGAAUGACUAUAAUUGCUUCCAAGACGCUCUGGUUUGGUCGUCUUCCAAUCAACUGCAGUGAAAAUGACAUUAAGGCAGCAGUUGCCAGUGUUGGUGAUAUCAGUCGCGUGAAUCUCAUUGGGUCUAGAGCGUGUGCAUAUGCAACGAUGAGCUCUAGGAAGGCGGCAUACGACGUUCUUCAAAAAUUGGCUAGGGAUUUGCAAAUAGCAAGGAAAAAUGUGAAGGUGGAUUGGGCCAAAGGUGCUGGAAUGAAGGAAAAUGACCUAGCUAAGUAUUGGGAUGGUGAAUAUGGAAUCUCUCAGAUACCGUGGGAUCAGCUUCCCUCUGAUAUGGAACAGUUUUGUGAGGGUUCAUAUCUAGACGUGGAGACACUACCUCCCGAGAAGAGACACAUGUAUUUGGACACUGGUGCAUUGACAACUACACUUUCAUCUGCCGCCCCUCCUUCGAAAACUGAUACCUCUUCGCCGUCAACUCCUCCUACCUCAAUGCAUGCUUCACCCAUUAAGUCACUUGUGCCGGAUUCGCCUGCUGCUCUUGCUCCUAUACCGCAAGCGGUGCCGCCACCAGCCACAUUCCCUCCUUUUAUGGGUACACCACCAGUUCAUCGCCCUAAUCCGUUCAUGGGGCCUCCACCACAAAUGGUUCCACCGCCAGGAUUUCCAAUGCGUCUACCUAUGCCUCCCGGUAUACCUCCAGCAAUGCCACCAGGGAUGCCUGGUCAUAUGUUCGGCAUGCCUCCUGGAGGUCCAGGUGGCUUGAUGAUGCCACCACCGACAGGAAUACCGCCACCUGCACCAAUUCCACCUCCAUCGUCGAUACCACCACCGAUUGCUGGUGUUUCUGGAAUGCAUAGUGGGCCUAUGAGAACUGCUCCGUCUGAGGAUACAGUGGAUUUGGAGGCCGUGGAAACAGCAGUUAUCAUGGAGAUCGACAGUUCAUUGGUAGGGAAAAUGCUAGCGUUACUCUCUCAAGGACCGAUGAAAGCGCAGAAAGAGAUAGUAGACGCUCGUGGAACGAAAAGGGGGAUCGAGGUACAGCGCGAGGUUGGAAUGAAAGUAGAGAUGAGAGGGAAAGGGAUAACGAAAGAGAUAGGCGUCGUGACGAGGGCAGAAGCGAGAAGCGAAGAAGUAGGUGGGAUGAUUCGGACGAUAGAAGCAGUAGCCGAUGGGACGGGAGAGAUAGACAUCGAAGCGAACGAGACGACAGAGAUCGGGACCGCCGAGAUAGGGACCGCGACAGAGACAGGGAUAGCGAACGACGAAGAGAUCGUGAUAGAUCAGAGAGGGGCGAUAGAAGUCGUCGAGAUCGUGAAGAUCGUGAAAGACAUAGGACAAGGGAAAGGGAGUCACCUCGCUAUGACGAUCCUCCAUCAUCGCAAUCUCAGAUGGCAAAUAGUGUGCCUAGUAGAUGGCUCUGAGGAAGCAAUGGUGACGUCUACCACCGACGUAGAUUCAAGUGCAAUUAGCAGUCAACCAUCAUAUCAUUUGGAGUAUUUUGAAUCAAACAAGAAUUCAAUUUCCAAAGAUGAUGACGUAAUGGACAUUGAACAUUCUGUGCCACCGUCUGCAGAAGCGUGA